AUGGCAAAGAACAUCGACUCUUUUGAACAACUUACGAUCCGAAUCGGACUUCUGCGGAUGAGAAGGUGUGGUCCAACACCAGCUUUGACUAUCUUCGUCGCUUACGCUCCAACAUCAAGCUACGAUGAAGAAGAAACCGAAGCUUUCUAUAUGGACCUGGAGAAGUUCUACCGAGAAGAUCAUGCCUUCUACAAGGUCAUAAUUGGCGAUUUCAACGCUAAACUUGGCCUAAGAAGAACUCCUGAGGAACUUUACAUCGGGAUCCACGGCCUACAAUGGAAUGAACAGGGGAGAGGCUCUCCGAGUUCCGCUGACGGCUAA